GCAGGCUGCAGGCAGCACGAUCAAGUCUUCGAGAUGGCGGACCUUCUGGGUUCAAUCCUUAACUCCAUGGAGAAACCUCCUACAGUCGGCGACCAGGAAAGCCGACGAAAGGCACGAGAGCAAGCUGCAAGACUUAAGAAGAUGGAGGAGGACGAGAAAAGAAAGAAAGCAGAGUUCAGGAAAAAGAUGGAGAAAGAAGUAUCACAGUUCAUCCAAGACAGCACACGGCAAAAACAAAAAUACAAUCCUAUGGGGAAGAUUGAGAGGAGUAUUUUGCAUGACGUCGCAGAAGUGGCCGGUCUGACGUCUUUUUCUUUUGGGGAGGACGAGGAGAGCCGCUAUGUCAUGCUGUUCAAGAAGGAGUUUGCUCCAUCGGAUGAAGAGCUGGAGGCGUAUCGCAAAGGAGAGGAGUGGGAUCCUAAGCUGGCAGAACAGCGACGCAGGCUAAAAGAACAAGCUGCGCUGGAAGCAGCAGCAGCGUCUAGUCAGACAGAGAAGACGCCGGUCUGUCCCAACUCCAACUACAGAGACAAGUACAGUCACCUGAUCGGCACCUCGGCUGCAAAAGAUGCCGCACACACACUGGAGGCUAACAGCGCUUACGGCUGUGUGCCGGUGGCAAACAAAAGGGACACUCGCUCCAUAGAAGAGGCUAUGAAUGAAAUCCGAGCAAAGAAACGGCAGAAGAAAGAGGACGACACGGGAGCACACGCCAGCAGCUCAUGAGCCUCGGCUGUUUCUGCUUUUUGUCUUUUUGCUGUGUGUGAGUUUGGUAGCGUGUCUUCAUUCACAGUCUCGUUCAUCCGACGUUGCAAUAUCCUGUUACUUAAGAUAAUUGAAAGGAAUGACUUAUAGGACAGGCCUGGAAUCUUGUGUGUAGGAACAAGACGUGUGAAAUCCCGUGCAGCUGAGGAUCCUCAGGUGUGUUUGAUCCAGGAGGGUUAUUACAUGUGUUUGUGUGACAUUAGCCCCUGAUGUUCUGGACCGCAACAAUAUAACAAACUUAUGAUGAUUUCUUUCCCCCCUCCUUUAAGAUGCUCCUAUAUGUAAAGAUAUGUGAUAACAUGUUUUAACAUUUUUUAAAUGAAGAAUUUCUGGCAGUUAUUCAUAAGUGAUGCAGUCAUCUGGUUCACAGUUGUAAGUGCAUGUUUUAUCAUCGUCAUUUUGAUCCUUAGCUAUGCACAGUGACGUUUUUGUGUCCAGAUUUUCAGAUGGUGUAGCUGAAGCAGCCUACUGAAACGAUAACAACCCAAAUAUUCAGAGCAGGUUUUCACAGAAAAGGAGAUAACCACCUCUUGACCUUUUUUGGUUGAUUUUUAUGUCACUUUUUUUUUGUUUGUUUUUUUUUAAUGAAUUUUAUAAAUGGGAAGGAUGCCAUUCUAAGAGUCCAUUUUUAGGUAAAGGAAACUAGCUUGUUUUGAAAAUGUGAUUAAGUCUGUGAAUAUUCUUGUUUUCCUCAUAGAUUUUUUUAUUUUUUUAAGUAAGGCAGUGGCU